AUGGCGAACGAUGCACCGAAGAAGAUUGGCGGCGAGUAUGGGGACGUCAGAGCCAACAUUGACGAGGCAAAACUGAACGCCUACCUCCUCAAGAAUAUUUCUAUCAUGAAAGGGCCUAUUGAUGUCAAGCAGUUCAAGUUCGGUCAAUCAAAUCCGACGUACUUCCUGACGGACGCGACUAAAGCAAAAUACGUGCUCCGUAAGAAGCCCGACGGGGGUCUCAUCUCGAAAACGGCGCACCAAAUUGAACGUGAAUUCAAGAUGCUGAGCGCGUUGCACAAGUAUAACACUAAUCCAUCGACCCCUGAAUCGAAGAAAGUGCCUAUACCCGAGCCCAUCUUACUCUGUGAAGAUAGCUCCAUCAUAGGGACCCCUUUCUACGUAAUGGAAUUCUUGGAAGGUCGCAUUUUCACCGACCCGAGGAUGCCUGAGGUCUCCCCGGAAACGCGUCGGGAAUGCUGGCUUGCCGCCGUUCGUGCUCUGGCCAACCUCAGCUCGCUGGACCCGCUGAAGAUCGGUCUCGAAACCUUUGGCCCCCUCACAGCUUAUUUCGCCCGUCAAAUCAAGUCUAUAUCUCGUGUCUCGAGCGCCCAAGCAGCCGUAGUCGACAUUGAAUCGAACAAAACAGUCGGCGAUAUCCCCGCUUUCAAUGAGCUCAUCUCUUGGUAUCAAACCAACGUACCAGACGAGAGUCGAUUCGGCAUACGGAUAGUACAUGGAGAUUACAAACUGGACAACAUGAUCUUCCAUCCCACGGAAAACCGUGUCAUCGGCAUUCUUGACUGGGAAUUAUGCACGCUGGGUAACCCGUUGGCUGAUCUUGCGAAUAUGACCUCUCCUUGGUCAAUCGACGAGAAGGAUGUCACCGAUGGCGGCAACGCUCUUAUGGUCGCUUUUAAGAACAGUAAAGGCGUUGUCCCCAUUGCUUUGGAGGAUAUUGAGACAGAGUACUGCCGCCUUAUGAACCUAGAUUACCCCAUCCCAGAGAUGGCUUUCGUUCGUAGCUGGAUGUUGUUCAGGUUGGCUGUGAUCUCUCAAGGGAUUGCUGCUCGUUAUGCCCGUCGGCAAGCUAGCUCAGCCACAGCCUACAUCUCUGUUCGAACCUUCCCCGUCAUCGGAAAGCUCGCCCGGAAAGUGCUGGAAGACUCAGGUCACAGUAUCGUGCAGUCAAAGGCUAAGCUGUAG